AGGAGAAGAUUGUGCUGUGCUGGCUGUGUAAAGAAAAACAACAAUGGUUCAAGCAGAAAUACAUCUGAAAAUAUUCGGUGACGGCUGAUCUUGGCUUGGCGUGCAGACCGUGAACUAUGGAGAAACCAGGGUCGGGUUUUAUGCCAGGUGUCCUGUCCAAUCACACGACUUCAAAUGACACAUCUAGCCAGUGGAGACCUACCAAGCCUACCCCACCAAGCUUGGAAGAGGUCAUCCACUCCGAGUCCCAAAUUAAACACCUAGUGGGGUUACUCUGCAUGGUGACCCUUAACCUUGCGGCCUUGCUAGGCAACAGUGGAGUUAUUUUGGCCAUCGCCCGAGCUCCACACUCAAAGAAAUAUGUAUUUGUGUGUCAUCUUUGUUCAGUGGAUUUGCUUUGUUCCAUAUUAUUGAUGCCUCUUGGAAUUAUAUCGAGCUCUCCAUUCUUUAGUGCUGUGACAUUUACGGUUCUGGAAUGCCAGGUUUACAUCUUUCUUAAUGUUCUUCUGGUCUGCGCUUCUAUUCUCACUGUAACUGCUAUUAGUGUGGAACGCUACUACUACAUUGUUCAUCCAAUGCGCUAUGAGGUAAAGAUGACUUUACACCUGGCUCUUGGUGUCAUGGUAUUUAUCUGGGUGAAAUCCGUCCUUUUAGCACUUGGUACCUUGCUAGGUUGGCCAGCAUACGGGAACCAAAGUUCCAUCGCCGCCGCUCAUUGUUCUCUGCACUGGAGUCACAGUCGUCUCAGGAAAGUGUUUGCUAUUCUAUUUAGCGUGGUGUGCUUCCUGCUUCCUGCAGUUGUGAUCUUUGCCGUGUACUCUAAUGUCUACAAGGUGGCAAGGUCAGCCGCCCUUCAACACGCUCCCAUGCCCACCUGGCCCACCAAUCCUGAUAAAUGUCGCUCAGAUUCCAUCAAUAGCCAAACCACUAUCAUUACCACCACACGCAGUCUGCCCCAGAGACUGUCCCCAGAAAGGAUUUUUGGGGGUGGCAAGGCUGCUCUCACUCUUGUGGUUAUUGUAGGACAGUUUCUGUUGUGUUGGCUCCCGUACUUUACCUUCCACCUCCACAUGUCCAUCAAUGUUCCACUUCAGAAUCCAGGAAACAUAGAGGAAAUUGUGACCUGGCUGGCGUACUCCUCAUUUGCAGUCAACCCAUUUUUCUACGGCCUGCUCAACAGGCAGAUUCGAGAGGAACUGAUUAAGCUAAGAAAAUGCUGUGCCUCCAGUAGGCCUGUGGAACUCGGAGCCUCUAGCCAUGAGGGAUCCAUCCAAGAGAACUUUCUGCAGUUUCUGCAAAGGACUAGUAGCAGGACUGAGACCACAAGGUCCAGUUGUGUCAACAUCAGUCCUAGGAAUACUUUAGACCACGGUGUCAGGAUACCUGGACAGAUUCCUGAGGAGUAA